ACACUUUCUUCCUUACUUCACUCCUUUCAAAUUCUCAAAAAUCCCACAUCCAAAAUCCUAUUUUACACUCCCAGAAAACCUCACAAAAAACAAACAAAGGUCUCAUUUGUGGUAUAUACAACUCCCAUAAUUGAAAAACAGAGGGAUGCAGAGCAGCAGAGGAGUGGAAGAAAGUGUACGGACCAGAAUGGCAGAAGUGAGAUUGGUUUGCGACAGAGAAAUCCCAAUUCAGCAACAGAGAAUCGAUUCAUCCCAUUUGUCCUUCACAAAAUUUCUUCACUCUGCCAAGUCCAAAGAGCAAGAAACCCUUGAAUUGCAAGAAAAGCUAAGGAAGCUAAAAGGUGAGUUGAGAGAGGCAGAAGAUGGAUUAGUGAAAGCUCUUGCAGUAAAGACCCGAAAAGAGGCAAAACGGAUGGCUACCAUGGACUCAAUAUCUGCAACAAAAGCUAGACUUGAAGAACUUAAGGGUAUUGUUGAAGAUCAGAGAGCUAGGAAAGACGAAUAUGCAGCUAUAAUAUCUCGACAAACUGAUGCUUUGACUGAGCUCGAGGAAACAUGUACUAGGAACUGUGGACAUAUAGAAGAAACUGAAGAGGCUAUCUCAUGGUAUAAUAAGGUCCUUGGUUUUCAUAUUGAGUGUGGAUAUGGAGUGAAGUUCAUAUUCACAAACAUUGAUGUGAAGAAUCCUAGCCAGCAUUAUUCAUUCACGAUGCGCCAUGAAAAUGAUGUAUACAGUUUACUUGAUUGUGACCCAGAAGUUAAUGACACAAAAGAGCUGAUCAAUGAGUUAAAUCAAAGCAAUGGACUAUUUAAAUUUGUUAGAACUAUGAGAGAGAAAUUUCAAGAAGCUGCAACAUGUGGAUGUACUCCCCAAAUUUCAUCUUAUCAGCAAGACCAGUCAACCAUCUCAAUGUCUGGUCCAGUUUCUUUAGUAUCAACUGACAGUAGAAGUGAGUCUCCAGCCAAGAGAAAGGAGCUUCAACCUUUAGACUUUAAUAGACACUCCAGGAGGGUCAAUGCUAGUAAAGGUGGAAGGCAAGCAAUUCUAUCUCCUGGAUCUGCUUCAUCUCUUCGUCGUUCACCACGUUUUAAGGUAAAGAAAUGAAAGAGAGGAGAUUUAAGGGGCUAUACAUCGGCUUAAGAUAUUAACUGUGCAUCUUAUCUGGUCUCAAGCUUGUUUGCUGUAAAAAAGUUAUCCCUCACAGUGUAAGCAUGGAAUGGAGUUAAAGUUUUGGUUGUCAUAUGUUGACAGUUUCACAGUGGGUUCUCAGUACCCACUUCAUUUAGAAUUGAAGGCAUCUUCUUGCUGUAGACAUUGACAUAUGAUUUGUAUUGUAGUAGCAUGGUAGUAAGCGAUGUCCAACAAACUGAUGACUAAGUUGUUCAUUCCCAUGAUUUUAGUUAUUGACUUCUAUAAUUAUAGCAACAAUUCAACUGUUUUCUAUGAAGUACAGAAGGUUCAAGUUCGUUU